AUGGGUGUGAAUGACACGUCAGGCUAUGAAAGUGACAAUCAGAUUACUGGUCGUGGUCUCAAGAAGAAACAGCGUUUUGAGAAAACAUCUCAGCCACACCAGGACUCAAAAGGACCCCAACAGGACUCAAAAGGACCCCAACAGGACUCAAAAGGACCCCAACAGGAUUUGAAAGGGCCACCACCUGCACAGCCAGAGCAACAAGCACAGCCACAGGAGAAGGCACAAGGACAGCCACAGCUGCCUGGGCCAAAGUCACAAAAGGAGCAAGACCCACCAGCACAGAGCAUCUUCAAGGAUGGUCUCCAGAAGGACACCCAAAGGCAAGGACCCCAGACUAAACCAGCUGGAGCUCAACAAGAUGGCCAGCAAUCCUGUGAAGUGUGCGAUAAACCCCCUAUCCUUCCAGGCCACGGUAUCACGAAUGUUUGCCGGUCUAGCUCUUCUACAUUCCCGACUCACAGUGAGAGUCAACUAAUUACAUCCAGCAGUGGUGAUCCAGAGAUGGACUCCAAGACGUGA